AUGGCACGAGCCUUGGAACCCAUCGAGCUCGACGCCAUCACGCCCGCGCCGCCGUCGCCAGCGCACUCGCGUCCCUCGACCCCUCCCUCGCUCAAAACCCCCACAUCCUCGUACCCACCCUCAGAGAUCCUGCCGACGACUGGGAACGGCUUCUCGACGACGGAAACGACGAGACAGUCGAGCUUGCGAAGCCUGAACCUCGAGCACGGGGAGGGGACGGCUGUCUCGCUUCCUCCCAUGGAUCGUGGACGAGGAGCGUGGCAGUUUGUUGUGGCCGCGUUCAUCCUCGAGACCUUCAUCUGGGGCUACAGCUAUUCGUUUGCGACAAUCCUCGUAUACCUCCAAAGCACCCCUCCAUGGUCAUCCUCCUCGCUGUCCGCCCUCUCCGCCAUCGGAUCCUGUCAACUCGGAAUCCAGUUCUGCCUGCCCAUCGCCAUCGUCAUCGUCUUCCGACGGUAUCCUGACUGGGUCAAGACGAGUCUUUGGGUGUCGCUCGUUGUCAACUGCGGAAGUAUGCUCCUCUCGAGCUGGGCGACCAAGGUCUGGCAACUCAUCGUCUUGCAAGGCGUCGUCUGCGGCACGGCCGGCGCGAUCCUCUACGCUCCCGUGCUCAUUUGGCUCACAGAGUGGUUCCACGAGCGCCGCGGUCUCGCAGGCGGCAUCAUCUGGAGCGGGACCGGCAUCGGCGGAUUCCUCUUCCCCUUCCUCAUCUCCGGCCUACUCUCCAAAGUCGGUUUCGCGUGGAUGAUCCGCGUCUGGUCCCUCCUCACCGCCGUCGUCUUCGCCCUCUCGGUCUACAUCGUCAAGCCUCGCAUCCCGCCGCCGAGAGUCAGGAAAGGCGAGCGUGGGCCAUGGCCGGCUUUCCCAUGGAGAGUGCUUACAGACCCGGUCUUCGUGACGAUGGCCAUCGCCUCUCUUUUCGCCUCCCUCUCGACCUUCCCGGUCUCGCUCUACCUCGCCACCUACGCCUCCUCACUCACGACCUCCACAUUCGUCGCCGAAAUCGUCGUCGGGAUCUACAACGUCGCUGCAUCGGUCGGCUGCACCGUCCUGGGUUACGUCUCCGACUGGUCGUACACGGCCGCGACGAUCUUGUGCGGCGUUCUCGGAACUAUCAUUGCGCUUUUUGCAUGGGGUUGGGCGGAUACACUUGCAAAGACGUACGGGUUUGCGGUCUUGUUUGGCUUUUCCUCGCAGAUGAUCGUCGCCUGGUCCGGUGCCACCCGCGACGUAGCAGGCCAAGACCCCUACGCCGCCGCGAUCACCUUCUGCCUCCUCUCCUCCGUCCGCGGCAUCGCAUCAAUCGUCAUGCCGCUCGUCUCGCAAGGCUUGUACAACCCCAAGCUCAAGAACGACGCGACGAGUUGGGGAAGGUUUGGGUUCGAAAAGAUGAUCGUGUUUGUUGGAGUGACGGCGUUUGCGUCGGCGGUUGGAGGGCUCGCGCUCGAGUACAUGCGGAGGAAGUACAAGAAGGCGUAG